AUGCAAGAAGUCAUACGUAUUUUUGAAAAUGUACUUAUAGUGGAGUCUCUGGCCAGGGAAGACCAGCAGGGGAAUUCACCCAUGUACGUCUUCUUGUGUUGUCUUGCUGCUGCUGACAUGCUGGUGAGUGUCUCCAACUCACUAGAGACGGUGGUAAUCGCUGCACUGAACAGUCGGUUGAUAGUGGCGGACGACCACUUUAUUCAACUCAUGGACAACUUCUUUGACUCCACAAUCUGUACCUCCCUGGUGGCCUCCAUUUGUAACCUUCUAGCUAUCGCCAUUGACUGUUACGUGACCAUCUUCUAUACCCUGCGCUACCACAGCAUCGUGACAAUGCGACGGGCUCUCCUGGCCAUCGGGGGGGGGGGAUCUGGCUGACGUGUGGUCUGUGGGAUUGUCUUCAUCGUCUACUCAGAGAGCAAGACAGUCAUCGUGUGUCUGAUCAUCAUGUUCUUCACCAUGCUGGUGCUCAUGGUCACUCUGUACGUUCACAUGUUUCUGCUGGCGAGGCUGCACAUCAAGCGCAUCGCUGCUCUGCCUGUGGAGGGCGUGGUGCCACAGAGGACCUGCAUGAAGGGAGCGGUCACCAUCACCAUUCUUCUGGGGGUGUUCGUCUGCUGCUGGGCACCUUUCUUCCUCCACCUCAUCCUCCUUAUCACCUGUCCCAAGAACCCAUUCUGUGUCUGCUACAUGUCCCACUUCACUACCUACCUGGUGCUCAUCAUGUAUAACUCUGUCAUAGACCCUGUCAUUUAUGCCUUCUGCAGCCUCGAGAUGCGCACAAACUUCAAGGAGAUCCUGUGUUGUUUCAGUGCAACUUGCAGUAUUUUAACUGUUUGA